GGCAUGCCUUUGGAUACUUUCCAAAGCUUCAGUUCCUAUUGGGCUACAAACGGCGCCGUCUUAUGCCGCGCGUCAUGGGCCACGCUCUACCCCUUCCUGUGUCAGCGCUCUGUUGUCGACUGGAGUGCCAAAGCUUUGAGAGAAACAUAUGAACUCAUGCCGUGUCUGCAAUGGCUGUCAUGCUAUCACGAUGUUGAUGCUUCAACGGCAUCCUUAAACCUUGUUGAUGAGGGAGCCUGUGAAAGAGAAGUUGACAGUGAAUGUGGUGUUGAAUUGAUCAAAGUUUAUGAUCGAAGCCUGCUGCUUAGAAGUGCUUAUCAAAAAUUUGUCAUAUUUCGAUACGUCAUGCACCAGCUGAUGGUUUACUUCACUGAGGUGUGUGGCGUGUUAAUGGAUAAUCAACGAGAGUUCUUGAUGUCAAAUGACUUCUACUGCCCCUGCAUGGAAAAUUUUGUUGCUGAAAGCACGAAGCAAGACCCUUGUGUGAGACACAUUGUCGCUUGGAGGCAUCUCAAGCAAAACAAGACGGCCGGUGUGAAUGGUGUUGCCAAAGAAGAAGUUACGACUCCUGACAGCAAUGCUAAUGAGGAUACUGGCAAAACACAUCUUGAAUCAUGCAGUGAUGUCAAUAAUCACAACGAUUCACAAGCAAUAUUUUGUGAAAACCAAAUAAUUGAAGAGCAAUCCGGUUAUUCAACUGAGGCUGAGGCUCUUACCGAUGGCUGUUCACAGCAGAGUCUGACUCAGGAUACUCUUACUGAUGGAAUAAAAUUCAUGCAGAUAGGCCAAGAAGAACAAAGACAAGAAACCAGUGACAAUAAUGGCAACAGCUGUGAUCGCAAGCCACAUAUCCAGGUAGAUAGCUUGACCAAAGAAACUCGCCGCCCAUCCAAAGCACAGCGCAAUGCGUUGAAAGUUGCCAAUUCAAUGGGAUCCAUCUUGAGCCGCCUUCGUGACCAAGGUGAAGCCUCGAAGCCUAUUCGUGAUGCAGAAGACUACAUCCCUUUAAACCUGCAACAAUAUUCACUGAAUGAUUUAGUUGUGCGUUGUGACACAAACAAGGUUGUGCGAUAUGACUCAGCCAAAUUUUCCAGUAAGGCUUACCGUAUCACAGAGAGCGUUCGCCGUGCAGGAUUUGACUGUGCAAAAUCUUUCUUCAUAUCAAGCAACAACCUAACUUGUGAUGAUGUCGGGUGCAUGGAACCUCUGCCUCGAAGUCUGGUUGAGGAUCUAAAGCCAAAGUACACAUGUUGUCUGUCUCGUGAAGAUGACUGCUUACUGCAAGAGUACGAUAGAAUCUUUAGACGUUUUGUGGGACUUUGUGAAAACUUAGGGAAUGAAAUAUUGAUGUCCAGUGAAACUGAACAUUAUGAAACCGAGAGCAGCGAGACUGCGCAAACUGCAUCUCAUGAAAGAAACAAAGACAUCAUUAUGCCAUAUUCUGACUUUGAACACUGCCGCAAUGUGACAUGGCUACAGCAGGAAGAACUGGACAAAAUCACAUACAUGAAUCAGCCUUUUUUGGAUGGAGAUCUGUCGGUGAUUCCACUUAUAUCGCAGCUUGGCAUCAGGUUAGGAUAUCACAAGAUUACGCUGGAUAAUAAGAGCUUUCCGCAUCAGUUUCUUCAUCCCAAAAUGAUGCAUUUCUUCCUCAAGCUUCAGGAGGCAUUUUACACUCUUCGUUGUAUGGACUUUGACUUUGUUGCAGCAUUGCAGGAUGGUAAGUAUUCUCAAUAG